UCCAAGACACCAAGGUAAGAUGAACUCUCUACUUCUUUUACUUGCACUCUUCACUAUUGGUUACGGUUUUCAGUGCCCUAAAUGCGUUACUAACGACUACUCUAAUGUGAGCGGUUUUUCGGAGGAGAUGAAGACCCUUAUUGAGUCAACUCAAGCUGCAUCUGGAGCUGACUGUGAUGCCCCGGAGAUGGCAACGUGUGAGGAUAACGACAUGGAGUGUGUGACACUAUCAACGAAAGUCAGCUACGAAGUGAGCUCUGAGAAUGUGGAGAUGGAGAAUGUUUCACAUCUUCAGAAGGAAUGCGUGGCUCGCUCGGCAACAUGUUCUGACAUGCAGACUGGGUUUGACUAUGUCAACCAGAUGCUGGAGGGAGCCAUGGUUAUGAAACUGCAAUAUUGUAAUAUCCAGUUUGAGCCUAAUAAUAGGUAUACUAACACUGAGUCUGACACUGAGUCUCACGCUGUCUCGUUCUCCUUUUCACUGGCUGCAGCUCUACCUCUACUCGCCCUACUACUUUAGAGACUAUUACUAGUCAAUGAGUUAUUACCUAGUAACCUAGUAACAGAGUAACCAGUAGCCUAGUAACCAGUAACCAGUUUCGUUAAAGAUUUUGGAUUUUAAUUUCGAUCUUAUAGAAUAACAAAGUUGAAUGUUUGGGCGAUUGUUAACUAGCCGCAUAGAAUAUAUUGAAUGUUAAUUAUUUCAUCUUAUUUAUCAGCUUGACUGUUGACCGAAUUAUUUUCUCAAUAUUUUGGAUAUUACUUCUGAUGAAGCUGUGAUCAUUUCUAACUUUCUAAUUAA